UCCAUAUGCUCAGAAAUGUUAGGAGCAUCGAGUUUCCAUUUAUCUUCCAUUUCCUCAAGACGAUACAAUCUCUUAGGGCUAUUUUGGGUGAUUCCACUGAGCUAUUUAAUCAUAUGUAAACAUGUUGUUCAGUGUGAUCCUCCCGAAGACCCCAUUAAAUGCUCGUUUGGGAAUUCGGACUGCGUCAUCACAAAUUCUUACGGAAUAUUUCCCGACCGAAGCACUUGUCGUGCGGCCAAUGCCGUUUACCCGGAAAACGAACAUCAGUUAAUCUCGUACGUCAGAGAUGCAACCAAGAAGAAGAGGAAGAUCAAGGUCGCAACCAUAUAUGGUCACAGCUCCACGAAGUUGGUGUGCCCUAAUGGAGAAGACGGCCUAAUAAUAAGCACAAAGAAUCUUAACAAGGUGUUAAAUGUGAACAUGACAGAAGAAACAAUGACAGUAGAAAGUGGUAUGACGCUAAAGCAGUUGAUUGACGAGGCAGCUAAGGUGAAUCUAGCAUUGCCUAAUUCUCCAUAUUGGUGGGGUGUAACCGUGGGUGGAAUGCUAGGAACAGGUGCUCAUGGAAGCUCUUUAUGGGGUCGUGGAAGCGCGGUCCAUGACUACGUUGUUAGCUUAAAGAUGGUUAGUCCGGGUGAGAUUGAAGAUGAUUACUGUAAACUUCGUACCCUUUCUGUUGGUGAUGAAGAUCUUGAUGCUGCAAAGGUUUCACUUGGUGUUCUUGGAGUCAUUUCACAGGUCACGUUGAAGUUGGAACCAAUUUUUAAGCGAAACAUCACAUACGUUACUAGAGAAGACAAUGACUUGGAAAUUCAAGCUACAACUUUUGGGCUUCAACAUGAAUUUGCGCAUAUAAGUUGGCUUCCUGCCCAACACAAAGCUAUAUAUCGAAUUGAUGAUCGAGUCCCCACUACAACACCUGGAAAUGGUUCCUACGAUCAAUUAUUGUUCCGAUCUACACCACGAGUUGCGAUAGAAUUAGCCGGAAAAACAGAGGAGAUCGAAGAAUCAAAUGGUUGCAACAAGUUAAGGUGCAUUAUAGCUACAACAUCCACGACAUUAGCUUUUGAAAACGCAUUUGGCCUCACUAACGAUGGUAUCUCUUUCACUGGCUACCCAAUUAUUGGAUAUCAAAAUAAGAUGCAGUCUUCCGGUGGGUGUCUUAAUAACCAAAGUAAGAUUGUUGAUGGUUAUUGUGUAUGGGACCCGAGACUAAAGGGUCCGUUGUCUUGGAGCAAUGGGUUUACUUUGCCUAUGAGUAAGGUAUCAAGCUUCAUUGAAGACAUAAAAAAGUUGGUAAUUAUAGAACCAACGUCCUUAUGUGGCAUUGAAGUUUACUUUGGUAUAUUAAUGAGGUAUGUCAAGGCCUCGUCUGCAUAUUUGGGGAAAGACGAUGAUGGUAUUGACUUUGAUAUUGCUUAUUAUCGACCUAAAGAUGCUUCAGGUGAUCGGCUAAAUGGAGACAUUAUUGAUGAGAUCGAGCAAAUCGCUAUAUUGAAGUAUGGUGGCGUGCCACACUGGGGAAAAAAUCGUAAUGUAGCUUUUGAAGGUGUGAUCAAUAAGUUUAAGGAUGGAGAAAAAUUUUUAAGGGUUAAGGAAAGAUAUGAUUCUUUGGAAUUGUUUUCGAGUGACUGGACUGACCAAGUUUUGGGCUUAAAACAAGGAUUAAGCAUUAACAGAAUGGGAUGUGCUCGUGAAGGCUUGUGUAUAUGUGACUCAAAUGAUGAUUGUGGUUCUGAAUACUAUUGUGGCACUGGCCGAGUCUAUGUAGAGGCUAAAGUUUGUAAGAAAAAAGUGAAGCACGCCUAUCUUAGACAAUCAUGUGAUUAAUCUCUCAAAUUGAGUGAAAAUUUGAAAAUCAAAUGAUACUUUUUGGUAACGCCAAAAAGAUCUAUUCUUAUCAAAAAAACAUGGACAAGAAUAAAACCUACCAUGUGUCGCUCCUUUCAUGCUAUUUGUGACGUACAUUUUCUCAAAUCUUCUUAAGUUACUCACAGAAUGUUGAUGUAACGAUUUAUAAUAAGUCUCAAACUUCUGAAAACUUACUUUGUAAACUAUUGUGUAUCCACCAAGCUAUAAUUUUUUA